AGAACCAAAAACCCUAAAUCGAACAAGAAGAGCGAAUUUGGGAGCUAGGGUUUAAGCUUUCGAUCAGUUUCGAAGAAAUCAGAAGAGGAGGCAGCCAUCAUGUUCCCAGGAAUGUUCAUGCGGAAGCCAGAUAAAGCUGCGGCAUUGAAGCAGCUGAAAUCUCACGUCGCCAUGUUCGGUGCUUGGGUUGUCGUCGUUCGAAUCACCCCUUACAUUCUUCACUUUCUCAACCGCGACAAAGACGACCUCGAGCUCAGGCUCGAGCUUUAGGCUCCAGCUUCAUCAGCUGUCUUGAUGUGGAGGAAUAGGUGCUUGGGUUCGGAAAGAAUUUAUGGGAAUUAUGUUUCAAUGUAACCCUGAAAAUCAUUAGUCCAUCUCAUAAUGUUGCUUGUUAGUUUAAAAUUAAUAUUCCAUUUACAUUUGGUCAUUUGGAAUGGUGAGUAGACACUGUAUGGCUGUUUAACCACAUUGAUAAACCGUGUGAUGUGAA